GAGGAGAGAGGGAAAGCUCAAAGCCCUAAAAAGCUUCCGUUAAUGGCGGUUUCUCGGUUUCUCUUCGCCCGUCGAACGGAAGAUUGACCAGCUCUGAAAUUGUUCUACUGGAUUGCAUAUUUCUAUAUCCAUAACUUUUGGAGAGAAGGAAGAACAGAAGUUGAAUUUUGAAUAUAAAAUCAUUAAAAAAAAAACCUUACCAUCCUUCAACCUUAUGACCUGAGGCCAUAGUUUAUCACUGGUAUAAAAAAAAAAAUAUCCAAAAUUCAGCGACCAGGUUCAGAGGGUGAUUUGCCCCAAAGCAGGGAGUUUAGCUCUUUCCCUGUUGCUCGAAGGGUGAAUUCCUCCAACACCAUGAUGAUUGAAGAUGACAUGGAGAAUGGCAGUUUGAGGCCUUACUCAGAUAGGCUGAGGACUUUUCCCAGCAUGCGUAGCAAAUCUUAUACUCCAUUGAUAUUCAGAAUAUUCAUGGGAAUAAAUGUCCGUGUACUCUUUAUACUUCUGCUUUUGUGCUUGGGAGCAAUCUUCUAUGUUGGAGCAAGUACUUCUCCAAUCAUUGUAUUUGUAUUCUCAGUUUGCAUUAUCAGCUUCUUACUGUCUAUAUAUCUUACCAAGUGGGUACUUUCAAAGGAUGAGGGGCCUCCGGAAAUGGCUCAGAUAUCAGAUGCUAUACGUGAUGGAGCUGAAGGUUUCUUUAGGACUCAGUAUGGCACCAUCUCCAAGAUGGCAUUGUUGCUAGCAUUGGUGAUUCUUAGCAUAUACUUAUUCCGAAGCUCAACACCUCAACAGGAAUCAUCUGGAGUUGGAAGGGUUACAUCUGCAUAUAUCACUGUUGCAGCAUUUCUCCUGGGCGCACUUUGCUCUGGUGUUGCUGGGUAUGUUGGAAUGUGGGUGUCAGUUCGUGCAAACGUCCGGGUCUCUAGUGCUGCAAGACGGUCUGCAAGAGAGGCCUUGCAGGUAGCUGUCCGUGCUGGUGGUUUCUCUGCCAUUGUUGUUGUUGGUAUGGCUGUGAUCGGCAUAGCUAUCCUUUACGCAACAUUUUAUGUUUGGUUGGGGGUGGAUUCGCCUGGUUCAAUGAAGGUUACUGACUUGCCUCUUCUUCUUGUUGGAUAUGGCUUUGGAGCUUCAUUUGUUGCCCUCUUUGCUCAGUUGGGUGGUGGGAUAUAUACAAAAGCAGCUGAUGUUGGGGCAGACCUUGUUGGAAAAGUGGAGCAGGGAAUCCCUGAAGAUGAUCCCAGGAACCCUGCUGUGAUUGCAGAUUUGGUUGGAGAUAAUGUGGGUGACUGUGCUGCUCGAGGUGCUGAUCUUUUUGAAAGCAUUGCAGCAGAGAUAAUUAGUGCCAUGAUACUUGGUGGAACAAUGGCUCAGCGUUGCAAAAUUGAAGACCCAUCUGGCUUCAUCCUGUUCCCUCUUGUUGUGCACUCUUUUGACCUGGUGGUAUCAUCAGUCGGAAUACUCUCAAUUCGGAACAGUCGAGACUCCAGUGUCAAAGCACCUAUAGAAGAUCCAAUGACAAUUCUUCAGAAAGGAUAUUCUGUUACAAUAGUUUUGGCUGUUCUGGCAUUUGGCGGGUCAACACGGUGGUUGCUCUAUACAGAACGAGCACCUUCUGCAUGGCUGAAUUUUGCCUUAUGUGGAUUGGUUGGCAUUCUGACAGCAUAUGUUUUUGUCUGUAUCACCAAGUAUUACACUGACUACAAGCACGAGCCAGUACGUGCAUUAGCUCUUUCUAGCUCUACUGGUCAUGGGACUAACAUAAUUGCAGGAAUCAGUUUGGGCCUUGAAUCCACAGCUCUUCCUGUUCUUGUGAUAAGUGUAUCAAUUGUUUCUGCAUUUUGGUUGGGCCACACAUCUGGACUGGUGGACGAAACUGGUAAUCCAACUGGUGGUUUGUUUGGGACGGCAGUAGCAACAAUGGGAAUGCUCAGCACUGCUGCCUAUAUCCUAACAAUGGAUAUGUUUGGCCCUAUAGCUGAUAAUGCUGGUGGAAUUGUGGAGAUGAGUCAACAGCCAGAAAGUGUUCGAGAGAUCACCGAUGUUCUUGAUGCUGUUGGGAACACCACAAAAGCUACCACCAAAGGUUUUGCCAUUGGUUCCGCUGCACUUGCAUCUUUUCUCUUGUUUAGUGCAUAUAUGGAUGAGGUUGCUGCAUUUUCUCAUGAACCUUUUAAACAGGUUGACAUUGCUAUUCCUGAAGUUUUUGUUGGUGGAUUGUUAGGCUCCAUGCUUAUCUUCUUGUUUAGUGCAUGGGCCUGUUCUGCAGUUGGUCGAACUGCUCAGGAGGUUGUUAAUGAAGUAAGAAGGCAAUUUAUUGAGAGGCCUGGCAUCAUGGAAUACAAGGAGAAACCGGAUUAUGGUCGAUGUGUUGCCAUUGUAGCAUCUGCAUCAUUGAGGGAGAUGAUAAAACCCGGUGCUUUGGCUAUUAUAUCACCUAUAGUAGUAGGCUUUCUAUUCAGGAUAUUGGGACAUUAUACAGGACAACCUUUACUUGGAGCUAAAGUUGUGGCUGCCCUUCUGAUGUUUGCAACAGUUUCUGGUAUUUUAAUGGCUCUUUUCCUGAACACAGCUGGUGGUGCAUGGGAUAACGCAAAAAAAUUUAUAGAGACGGGAGCUCUUGGUGGCAAAGGCAGUGAUUGUCAUAAAGCAGCAGUCACUGGAGAUACUGUGGGAGACCCGUUCAAAGACACAGCUGGGCCUUCGCUUCACGUGCUCAUAAAAAUGCUUGCAACAAUUACACUUGUUAUGGCGCCAGUUUUUCUAUGAAGAGGUGAUUUGUAUCUUUUGCGGUUUCUGCUCGGAUGCAGCACCCAUGCUACCUUCAAAUCCUUAGGUAUGCACAUAUACAGAUUAGGUAUUUUGGUGAAUAUCAAAUCAAGGGUGCCCGAUCAAUAGUCUUACUGAAUCUUCUUUUUCCUGUAUCUGAAUAAAAGACAUGUUAAUGGAGUGAACAUUUUAGUGAUCUUAACUUACUAUCGUUGAGGUAUUAACACAAUUUCCGAAUCAGCUUAAGUUUCUUUAAUAUAGUUGUAUUUAAUAU